GGCUCCUUCGGUUCCGGGGGCUAAGGGCGCGGAGGGACAGGGGGUUGCCUGGUCCAUCCGCUUCUAAGGAAGGUGUCGAAACGCAGCUGGUUCUGAGCUCCUCUGAAGCUCUGGUCCUGCCAUACUUCCUCACCCCUUCGCUGUGGUUCAUGGGCCUGGGAUAGAGCCCUUUGUGAGUCGCACGAAGUUACGGACAAACCUUCUCUCCCCAGAAACAUGCAUUUUCACAUAUCCAUUCAUCCGUGUACAUUUUAGGGAACUCAGAAACAUCCCCUUGUCAUCCCAGGAUUCCUUGUCAUUUUACCAACCGCCCGGUGCGCUGUAUGACUGUGGCUAUCAAGAUCUUCUUCCCACAAGCCCUCCGUGUACUCAGCAGAAAAAACCUGUGCCUCUUCCAAGAACAUCAUUGGCCUGAUGUAAGACAGUUCAGCCUGUGGUCAUUAACAGAUCUGCUUCAUGGGCACUGCUUCCAGAGGAGAAAGCCUGUUCUAUCAUUUCAGGGAAGCCAUCUGAGACCACUCGCCACCUCCCUUGUUUUCUUACCAGGGUCGCAUGUGGGACUCUGCAGUCGCUCCGGUGAGAUGGCUGAACAACGAUUCUGUGUGGACUAUGCCAAACGAGGCACAGCUGGCUGCAAAAAAUGCAAGGAAAAGAUUGUGAAGGGCGUAUGUCGAAUUGGCAAAGUAGUGCCCAAUCCCUUCUCAGAGUCUGGGGGUGAUAUGAAAGAGUGGUACCACAUUAAAUGCAUGUUUGAGAAACUGGAGCGGGCCCGGGCCACCACAAAGAGAAUUGAGGACCUCACAGAACUGGAAGGCUGGGAAGAGCUGGAAGAUAAUGAGAAGGAACAAAUAAACCAACACAUUGCAGAUCUAUCUUCUAAGGCAACGGGCACUCCAAAGAAGAAAGCUGUCGUACAGGCAAAGUUGACAACCGCUGGCAAGGUGACAUCGCCAGUGAAAGGUGCCUCAUUUGUCACCAAUACCAAUCCUCGGAAAUUUUCUGGCUUUUCAGCCAAGCCCAACAACUCUGGGGAAGCUCCCUCAAGCCCUAGUCCUAAGGCAAGUCUGUCUUCAAGCAAAUGUGACCCCAAGCACAAGGACUGUCUGCUACGAGAGUUUCGAAAGUUGUGUGCUAUGGUGGCUGACAAUCCUAGCUACAACACGAAGACCCAGAUCAUCCAGGACUUCCUACAGAAGGGCACAGCAGGAGAUGGUUUCCACGGUGAUGUCUACCUAACAGUGAAGCUGCUGCUGCCAGGUGUCAUUAAGAGUGUUUACAACUUGAAUGACAAGCAGAUUGUGAAGCUUUUCAGCCGCAUUUUUAACUGCAACCCAGAUGAUAUGGCACGGGACCUGGAGCAGGGUGACGUAUCAGAGACAAUCAGAGUCUUCUUUGAGCAGAGCAAGUCUUUCCCCCCAGCUGCCAAGAGCCUCCUUACCAUCCAGGAAGUGGAUGAAUUCCUCCUGCGGCUCUCGAAGCUCACAAAGGAGGAUGAGCAGCAGCAGGCCCUGCAUGACAUUGCCUCCAGGUGUACAGCCAAUGACCUUAAGUGCAUCAUCAGGUUGAUCAAACAUGAUCUGAAAAUGAACUCAGGUGCAAAACAUGUUUUAGAUGCUCUUGACCCCAAUGCCUACGAAGCCUUCAAAGCUUCACGCAACUUGCAAGAUGUGGUGGAGCGGGUUCUUCGCAACGAGCAGGAGGUGGAAAAGCAGCCAGGCCGGAGACGGACUCUGAGUGUUCAGGCCUCGCUGAUGACGCCUGUGCAGCCCAUGCUGGCUGAAGCCUGUAAGUCCAUCGAGUACGCGAUGAAGAAGUGUCCUAAUGGCAUGUUCUCUGAGAUCAAGUACGAUGGCGAGCGAGUCCAGGUGCAUAAGAACGGAGACCACUUCAGCUACUUCAGCCGCAGUCUCAAGCCCGUCCUGCCUCACAAGGUGGCCCACUUUAAGGACUACAUCCCCCAGGCUUUUCCUGGGGGCCACAGUAUGAUCUUGGACUCAGAGGUGCUCUUGAUUGACAACAAGACAGGCAAACCGCUGCCCUUUGGGACUCUGGGAGUGCACAAGAAAGCUGCCUUCCAGGAUGCUAAUGUCUGCCUGUUUGUUUUUGAUUGUAUCUACUUUAAUGACGUCAGCUUGAUGGACAGACCCCUGUGUGAGCGACGGAAGUUUCUUCAUGACAACAUGGUUGAAAUUCCCAACAGGAUCAUGUUUUCAGAAAUGAAGCAAGUCACGAAAGCUUCGGACCUGGCUGACAUGAUAAACCGGGUGAUCCGGGAGGGGCUGGAAGGGCUGGUGCUGAAGGACGUGAAGGGCACCUAUGAGCCUGGGAAGCGGCACUGGCUAAAAGUGAAGAAAGACUAUUUGAACGAGGGGGCCAUGGCUGACACAGCUGACCUGGUGGUCCUUGGGGCCUUCUAUGGACAAGGGAGCAAAGGUGGCAUGAUGUCCAUCUUCCUCAUGGGUUGCUAUGACCCUAGCAGCCAGAAGUGGUGCACGGUCACCAAGUGUGCAGGAGGCCAUGAUGACGCAACGCUCGCUCGCCUGCAGAAGGAACUGGACAUGGUGAAGAUCAGCAAGGACCCCAGCAAAAUACCUGGCUGGCUGAAGAUCAACAAGAUCUACUAUCCUGACUUCAUUGUCCCAGAUCCAAAGAAAGCUGCCGUGUGGGAGAUCACAGGGGCGGAAUUCUCCAAAUCUGAGGCUCACACAGCUGAUGGGAUCUCCAUCCGAUUCCCUCGCUGCACUCGCAUCCGUGACGAUAAGGACUGGAAAUCUGCCACUAACCUCCCCCAGCUCAAGGAACUAUACCAGCUGUCCAAGGAGAAGGCAGACUUCACAGUAAUGGCUGGAGAAGAGGGGAGCUCCUCUACAGGCGGCAGCAGUGGAGAGAAUGAGGGUACUUCAGGUUCUGCUGUGUCCCACAAGGCCCGCAGAGCCGCCCCCAACAAGCCCUCUGCCAAUGCCAAGAAGGCUGAAGGGAAGCUGAGCAACCCCAAUAGCAAAGGCAGUAACAUGCUGACGGCAAAGUCUUCCCCUGUGAAAGUGGGACAGAAGAUGGCCGUGAAGUCUUCUCUGGUAAAAGUAGGAGAGAAGCGGAAGGCUGCUGAUGAGACUCCAUGCCAAGCCAAGGUGCUGCUAGACAUCUUUACUGGGGUCCGGCUCUACUUGCCGCCCUCCAUACCAGACUUCAGCCGCCUCAGACGCUACUUUGUGGCAUUCGACGGGGACCUGGUGCAAGAAUUUGAUAUGGCCUCGGCCACACAUGUGCUGGGUAGCAGGGAAAAGAACCCUGAGGCCCAGCAAGUUUCCCCGGAGUGGAUAUGGGCAUGUAUCCGGAAACGGAGAUUGGUUGCUCCCUGCUAGAACUGCCAUCUUCCCUCCCUCUCAGCCACUCUCUCCCCUACUCCUCAGCAGGUACUCCUGGGCUCAGGCUGGAGGCAGGUGGCACAGGAACAGAGUGGGGAAUGGGCUUUCUUUUCCCAGGCAGUGCAUCCCCCCAAAUCUACCUGCUCUUCUUCAGGGAUUCAUUGCUGUGGGUACAAGUGAGGUCAGUUUCUUUCGCUAGUUUAGAUGGACCUUUCAGAUCUGGGUGCUGGCUUUGUCAUCCUUUUUUCUUUAAAGAUAAGCUUAGUUAUUUUUUUAUAAAUAAAAUAUCUUGCAGUUUGUCUGUCCUUUCUCCACCUCCACCUCCCCCUCCCCCUCAGCCCCUAGUAACUUCCCCAGUGGUUAAGGAGUGAAGGCUGGGCUAUAGAGCUCUGUCUACAAAGUCUUCCACCUCUGCCUGCCCUCUUUACGUCUAUGCUCAUUUUAAAGUUGUAUUUGAGACUGUCCUCAGAAAUGCUUCUUACAUUUGGUGGAACUUUUAUUCUGCCUGACCCCUUUUGCCAGGAAUGAACUCUCACUUGAAAGAAAACAAAAUGAACUUCUAUGACUUUAUUCUCCGUGUUCUCCUAUUGCAGGCUGAGGGUCCCCAGUUUGGAAGGGAGGGGUUUGGGGCCAAGUAGAAAAAUGGAGCUUUUAUAAAGAAAGGGAGGGUAUUUGGGCUACUCCUCUGGGGGAAAAGAGGGCAGAAGAAGCGCUGCCUCCCUCAAAUCUAGAAACAAGACUUCUGCAGUAAAAUCUACAACUACAAAGAGCAGCUCCACACAGCCUGCUUACAAACAACCUAUUGUGUCACCUUAUUUGCAGAUAGAAUUUAGUAGGCAAGUGCUGUUUGAUAGAGCUUUUGAGGUUACAGAUAUCCGCUAAGUCUGUCCUGUCCAACCUACUAGGCACAUAUGGCCGUGAAAUGUGGCCAGCACAACUGAAGAACUGAAAUUCUCACCUUAAUUCAACCUCAGAUGGUCAGAUGUCACUAGAGACUUACAUGUUGGAUGGUGCAGGUGCAGACAGAACUGGUUCAGACCAGAGUCCUGAAACCUAGUAAAAGCUGUAACUUAAGCGAGUUACUUAACAUGUGAAGCUCGGGGAAGGAAAUGGGAAUAGGCACUGCACUCAAUCUCAGGUGGCUGUAAGUGACCUCCGUAUGGAAGCACUAGCACAGAGCCUGGCACAUGGCCCUCCAGGGUUGGCAAGAUCAUCACGGCAUGCAUGUCCAGACCCUACUCAGGACAGUCACCCACAACUGCAUGUCUGCGUAUUAUAGCUCACACUCCACUCCAGUGCAGGCUUGUCAGCAAAUCAUAUGGUUGGGCUGAACCCGUAGCCUAGCUUUUUAAGGGAGCCAGAUCCCAUGUAUUUCAAAUCCCAGCCCAUGGCUUGAAAAAUGCUGGGCAUGUGCACAUGCCCAAACUCCUGACAGGAAGGAGAAAUGGGGAAGAAGGGAUGGAAAGAUGACCACAUCCCUUUGGGGGUCUUCUCCUCCCCUCUGGUGAGCUCAAGUACUUUAUGGCAAUUAAAAAGAAAGAAAACAUUUGCUUAUAGACUUGUUCCCAUGCACCACAGCUGCUGACUGGGAGGAUCAGUUCUCCGAACUCUCAACAAGUUAGCAGGUAGGCCUGUCCAUCUCCUGUGAGUUAGUUAAUGUGACUUGAUCUGUAACACUUGAGUGCCCGGACUUGUAAGAUAGAAGAGCACAGGCUCUCGUGGCCCUACCUCCACUCAGCUAAGGUAAUCUUUUGCUGGGAGGCUAUACCAGUCAGUUUGAAGGCCAAAGUAAUCUGACUGACCUUGGAUUCCACCUGCUGUUUAAAAUGUCAGGGGAAAGUACAGGAGGGGUGAGUACUGCUCUGACUCUAGCCCAGACAUGUAGUGUUUUUCAAUAGGUGCCAUUCAGUCUGGCUUUAGUAUUGGGAAUAAGACACUCUCUUUAUUCUAUCUUCCGUGGAGACAAAAGCUACUGCUCUGAACACUGACCUACAUAGAUUUCCAUGCCUCUCUCCAGCCUCCUCAGGCCAGGCAAUGAGACUGCCCCAGAAUAAGGCUCUCACCUUGGGAUCCUGCCAAAGGCACUGCCCUUACUGAUUGCUGAUGCUGAGUGCACCCUCACAGCCAAGAGGCUGUGCCCACUCCAGGUGAUCAUCUCUGGCCUUUCUCUGCCUUACCUACUGUGUUACCUCCAAUUGACCCAAUGCCUUUUUGUACGUUCGCUCCAGUCUUUUCUGAUACUUUUUUUUCUUUGAAGAGCUUAGACUAUGCAGUUUUGUAUCCUUUCUUCCAGUUGUACCACAGCUGGAUCCCAAAGCUCCUAAGUACCUCCAAGGUAACUGAAGAUGAAAUUGGCUAUAGUAGUUGUCUUCAGAUUCCAUUCUACCCAGACGUUUAAGGCCCAGCUCUACUGUAUUGGUGUAAAUGUCAGAAUUCACUUUGCUGCUUCCCAUUUGGUCUGUUCUGUCCUACCAACCUCACAUUCAUUUUAGGCUGUUCCACUGUCUCUCCCACAUACUACUGGUGAGAUCUUGGGCAAGUCACAACACCGAGCAGGGGUAUCUUGACCAAGGUCACAUGGCUCAAACACCUCCAAAGCCGACAAUCUUCUCAAGAGCAUGCCUGUGUGCACAUGCCUGGGAUUAGCCUGUGGUUUAUCAGUUCUUUUCUUGACCUUAACUAUUAGAUCUCUGGCAUGCUCACAUCACAUAGGACAGGCAUCUGUAUUGAAACUUUAUUUUACAAAAUUAAAAAGCAGAGCUCUGUAACAAAAAAUACACAUUUGGGUUUGCUUUGACACCCAAGUUAAGUCUGAGAGAAUCUUGAUAUAAGCUACUUGAAAUAACACAUUCACAUCCAAGAGAUUUCAACAAAUGUAUACAAUAUAUAUUGAGUCGUAAUUCCUGUACAGCUUAUUCUUACUAGUUUAGAUCCAACUAGUCCAAUGUAUUAUGAACCAAUCAGUUGUCCAAAUCUUUUAAAACAAAUCUCAAACCUCAGAGCAAUCACAGCAAAAGCCACAGAAUAAUUGGAAGAAUUAUUAGAUGUUUCCAUGAUAAUUAAAACCAAGGAUCCAUGAGGAGUAGGAGGGGAGGAUUCAAGGAUUUAAAAAAACAAAAGCAAGUAUUCUACUUGGCUUAGAUAUGAACUGGGGUGAGAUAUUGAAACUCCCAGCUUUUAUUUGGUGUAAUAAAGAUGAUACCGAAAAA